CUUGCCCAGGUCCGUACCAAAAUGUUCUUUGCAUUGCUUUUUAUUCAGUGAUACGAUUUUCAUGCGAAUUAAACUCCGAUAACUUGUGCAAUUAGCCAAACCCCCGCUGUGGCAGUUUAUAGAGGAAACAUAACUCAGGCAAUAAAAGAGGUUUCGAAAGAUUUCUACGGGGAACUUAGUUGGAAAGUGCAAGACUAUAAAAGCGCUGCACUGCCACAAUCGGAAGUUAGUGAGCGGAAGAAGAACAUGGAAACUUUUCCAAAGAGCUUCAAGAUGCUGUUCCUUUGGUCAUGUCUAAUCAUCGGGCUUUCAGUACCUGCAAGUGCAACUGGAGCCGGGGAGGUAAGCAGACAUCGCAGCAAGCGGACCAUGACAACAAUCUGCGUGGAGAUCAGGCCAAGUAGCCCGAAGGAUGAGCCGUACUAUAUGUGUCGGGGCGCUAACUUUGCAGACGGAAAUGGACAGCAAGGAUGCGUGGAGGUCAGGCACCAAGGAGGCGAGGGCGAGCCGUUCUAUAUGUGCCGGGGCGCGGAAUCCACGGUACCCGGUAAUGAGAACCGCCCCUCCCCAGAGAUUUCGCCUCCGAUAAACCCUCCUCCUACCGUACAGCAUGAUUCCGUUCACAACUUUCAGUUGCUUCCCGCCUUUGGAGGCGGGUCAUAUGCUCAGCAGGCAAUUCCAGAAGGUUCCAUUCAUCAAGACCAGUCAGCGCGUCCGACGCCAUAUCAGGAGGAGCCCCACCAGCAGCCUCCUCCUCAGCAGCACCAGCCCCACGCCCAGUACGGAUUCUAUGGACACCCCAUGGCUGCCCAUCCGGCUGCAUCUCCAGCGCAGUCGUCUGGCGUGCCAGAACUUUCUCACCCAAUUGUGGGCAGCCCGCCAGCAACUCCAACAGGAGUUUCAUCUGGCCCAGGCCCAGCGGCCACGCCCCCUACGCAUGAUCCUGCAGCGUAUUCGAGAUCGUCGAGCAGACCCAAAGACCACGAAAUAGUCGGGAGCAGUCGGGAUCGAUUUAGAUUUGAAGACGACUUUAAGCGGGACGAUCUCAACCAGCAAUACCGCAAGCCAGUAAAUCAGCCCCUGCCUCAGGAUCAGCUAAUGUGGGUGCCGUUGUCGCACACGGAGGACCCUGAAAACGAUCCGGUUAUGAGGGCUUUUUACGGCAGUUUGUCAGGAGCGGGAUCACCAGCACAGAAGGCCUUGGCAGCCGCUGGCAACAAAGAGGAGCUAGUGCCUCAGGCCACAGUUCCAGUGGAUCCAAUGGUGGGGCAAAUUGCGUCAGGCUACAGUCCUUACAAUAUACAAUACCCAGAGGUUCCUGCUCCGCCAACGCUUCCCCCACCACCUCCAACGUACCCCCAGUCUGAAGUAUCGCCCCCGCCCAACCCAUACUGUAGUGGAUGUAGUGCCUCACCACCGCCUUUUCAAUGCCCAACGCAACCGGACAACGGGGUGAGCUAUAGUACCUCCUGUCCAAGCUUCCAACCGGUUAUCAUAAGCAUGCCAUGCUACGGGCAACGGCAGCCGGCGCCGUACUUUGCUCUGCCGAGAACCCCAGCUGGAAUUUUGAGAGGUCAACCAAUGGCCACACCAUUCGGUCUGGCCCCUGCACCAGUGGGAAGUCCCUUGGGAGGUGGAUUCGGUAUGGCUGGCCAGUUCGGCAACCCCUUUGGCAUGAAUCCUCAGAUGGGAGGUCAGGGAUUCGACAUGGAACACCAGGUGGGUGGCCCCUUUGGCAUGGGAAUGCAGUUCGGCAUGGGUCUGAACCCCUUCGGCCCUUUUGGAGCGCUCAACCCUUUCAAUCCUUUCAACCGAAUGCUGGGAGCACCGGCUCACAAUGUUGCUGCGCCCAAUGGCAACUUCUUUCAGCGGGUAUUCAAUUUCAACCAGGGCGAUGAGAACACCUCUACCACAGAAGCUGCACCAUAUCCUGAAGCUCAAUCCGAAAGAUCAGGGAAGCUGAACUUCUCCAGUAGCACUACGGAACCAGCCACUUCAGAACAGUCCGAUUCCAUAGUUAGGAUAGCGCAUGAGCGCGUCGAGGACGAAGACUCGGCCGAAGAUAUGGACAGGGAUGAUGACCAGGCGGAGACCACACCCCUCCCAGCCUCGGACGCCGAUGUUUCCGAUGACGGCGCCGGUAUUCAGGAACUCGUAAGCAAGGCGGCGGAACUACUUAAGCCCGACAAACGCAAGCGGCACAAUACGCGCUCCAGUGGGCGAAUCGCUCAGAAGCACAGAUACCUGCAGCAGUUAUAACACCUUUCUCUGU